AUGUGUACAGAGGAAUGCAACAGCAGUCAGCAUUUACAACUUGUCCAGUCAAAAUCAAUAAGAUUGAAUGUAUCAAUGGCCAUAACCCAAAUUUUUAUAUGGCCAUUCAUUUAUAUCAACAUCCUCAUGCUUCUAACCUUCUCCAGAAAACAAGCCUUCAGGACUGAAACACGCUACAUACUGUUCGCCCAUACACUAAUUGUGGACUUGAUUUUUCUUAUGCUGACAGAUAUUGUAGUAAUUCUCUCAUACAGUCAUGUGCUGAUGCCCAUGGCGUUCUGUGUCCCAUUUUGUAUGCUCAUGGAGACACUUACAACAUGUACACCACUAACUAUCACUGCAAUGUGUGUGGAACGUUACGUGGCCAUUUGCAUGCCUCUAAGACAUAGUUCUAUCUCAACUGUCAGCAGGACCUUUACAGCUAUUUUUAUCAUUUGGGUCAUAGGUUCCCUAAAGUCAUUUGUGGAUAUGUUCAUCCUUGUCACAACUUCCUCGAAAGAAUAUCUGUCUCAGCUCACCUUCUGUCAUUAUGAAAUUAUGAUGCCAGAAAACUGGCACCGUUUAAUGAGGGGUGUUUUAUAUGUCAUUCAUUUCAUAAUAGUUUUACUUGUUGAGGUAUUUUGCUAUGUAAUGAUUGUGAUCUCUGCCCGAGCAGCCUCUGUUGACAAGAAGUCAGCAGUCAAAGGUCUUCGCACUAUCUCAUUGCAUAUGCUUCAGCUUACACUGUGUACAACUGAAAUUAUUUGUCCCUAUAUUGAAGCAUUAAUCAUGGAGCUAGAUAUUCAAAUAUAUUUGUCAGUUCGCUUUUUCAACUUCAUAAUGUUUACUGUCAUAGCUAAGGGAGUCAGUCCACUUGUAUAUGGGCUACGGGAUGAAACAUUUUAUAAUACCAUGCUGUGCUACAUCAGAUGUAGACAGAGUCAUAUUUCAUUUCAAGUAGAGUCCCAGUCAAAAAACAAUAAGAAGCAAUAA